AUGCCGCCUCUGUAUCACUAUGUUCGUCGCCAACUCCGGCCGCGAAACCACCUGGCGGGGCUGCGACGGAGGAAUAUUUUGGUGGCUGUCGCCUUCUGUUUCUGUCUCUUCUACUUCUUGGACUCGUUCAAGAGCCCUACCGAGUCAGAGCUCCUCGAGCGGCACAUGAACUCCGGACCGCCACUUCAUCCUUUCACCCUGAUGAAGAGCAGCGUCGACUGGGGGAGCAUCGAGUAUCGGCAUCCGCCACAGAAACAGCUCAGACACUUGCCCAAGCCACCCAAAAGGAGCUCACUGCCCAGCAUCCAGCACCGGUUCAAGAAAGAGUUCUCCGAGGCCAGGCGGACGCGGGAAGAGCGGAGGAAAACCGUGCUGCAGCUCACGCGCAAAUGCUGGGACAGCUACCGCACGUAUGCCUGGAAGCAGGACGCUCUUUUGCCACUAUCCAGACGGGGCACCGAUCAGUUCUCGGGCUGGGCUGCCACCCUGGUUGAUUCGCUCGAUACGCUCUGGCUCAUGGGUCUCCGGGAUGAGUUCGAUGAGGCUGUCGCUGCCGUGGCCGAAAUCGACUUUGGCAAUUCCAGUUCCCCGCUGGUGAACAUCUUCGAAACCAACAUCCGAUACUUGGGCGGCUUGAUGGCUGCGUACGAGCUCUCUAAACGGGACGUGCUGCUGCACAAGGCUGUCGAGCUGGGAGAUCUCAUCUACGGCGGCUUCAAUACUGAGAAUCGAAUGCCCGUUGAUAUGAUCAAUAUCGACGCCGCCAAGGAAGGAUCCGGUCUCAUGGUCGAGCCCACUGUCGUCUCGGCCUCGCCCGGAACCCUGACCCUCGAACUGGCCCGUCUGAGUCAGCUCACGGGGGACCCCAAAUACUUCGACGCCAUCACUCCCAUCAUCGAUCUUUUCUACCGCGGCCAGAACCAGACGGCACUCCCUGGUCUUUUCCCGAUGUACGUGUCCAUGCUCCGCGAGGACGUCACGACCGGGAGCACUUUCACCCUCGGCGGCGGCGCCGACUCCAUCUACGAGUACUUCCCCAAGCUGCACGCCCUGCUCGGGGGGGGUGAACCCCGCCUGGCGACGCUGACACGCGGUUUUAUGCACGCGGCCAAGCGGCACCUCUUUUUCCGGCCCAUGAUCCCCGACAACGACGACAUGCUCAUCAGCGGCAACGUCAACGUCGACCAAGCCGGCGUGGCGCAUCUGGAUCCCGAGACGGAGCACCUGGCGUGCUUCAUCGGCGGCACCUUUGCCCUGGCCGGCCGGCUGCUCUCGAGCGACGAGGACGUCGAGGUGGGCGCGAGGCUCACCCGCGGGUGCGUGUACGCGUACCGGUCAUUCCCGACGGGCAUGAUGCCCGAGCGGCUGACCAUGGUUCCCUGCCUUGGCAAAACUAAAAAACCGUGCGCGUGGGACGAGCAGAAAUGGAAAACAGAGACGGAGAAGCAACCGGAUUACAAGCCGCACCUGCCGAGGGGAUUUACCACCGCCAAAGACCCGCGGUAUAUCCUCCGGCCCGAGGCCAUUGAGAGCGUGUUUUACAUGUGGCGCAUCACGGGCGAAGCCGAGUGGCAAGAUGCUGCCUGGGAUAUGUUCCAAGCCGUGGCGAAGGGGACGGCCACGGAGCUGGGAAGUGCUGCUGUGCUGGACGUGACCGUUGCCAACCCGAAGCUGCCGCAGGAUGAUUACAUGGAGAGCUUUUGGAUCGCCGAGACGCUCAAGUAUUUCUACCUCGUCUUCUCGCCGCCCGACCUAAUCAGCCUGGACGAGUACGUCCUGAACACGGAAGCGCACCCCUUUCGGCUGCAGCGAUAG